CAGCUCUCACUUGACUCCAGCUGCCCCGGGAGGUUUCCCUCGCCCUUCGCUGUCCUCGGUUCGCCCCGGGUGGCUCAGGCAGCCAGGCUUCAGCUGCUCCUCUCGACCCUCCUCCCCCUUAUCGUGGGUUCCUCCCGAAGCCACCCUCUGAGGCUCUGCUCCGGUCCGCCCCGUCCACCGCUGGUCAGCUCCGUUCGCAGCUCCAGGUUCCUCCAGCACCCCACCUUCAGGAGGCUCCGCUCCGGCCCGCCCCGUCGGUCCCUGGUUCCUCCAGCACCCUGCCUUUAGGAUUCUCCGCUCCGGCCCGCCCCGUCGGUCCCUGGCUCAGCGGCUCCCCUCCGGCCCGCCCCGUUGGCAGUGCAGCACCGCACUGCUCUGAUUGCCGAUGGCCGGGGAAUACCAGCUCGCGUCCAGCCAGCUCCAGUUCCGCAUCUUGCUGCUUGGGGACGCAGAUGUGGGCAAGACUUCGCUGCUGCUUCGCUACACAGAGGGAGACUUUUGGGAUGAUCAGCCCCCCAGCUCCACCGUGGGCGUCGAGUUCUACUGCCGCAUGCUGGAGCUGGCCUCGGGUCCGAGGGUCAAGCUGCAGCUGUGGGACACGGCAGGCGCCGAACGCUACAGGAGCAUAACUCGAUCCUUCUACCGGAAUACGGUGGGUGUUCUGCUGGUCUUUGAUGUGACCAAUAGGACGUCCUUUGACCACAUAGAAGACUGGUACCAGCAGGUGGCAUCCAUGCAGGUCCCGGACAAGGUUCUGUACCUGUUGGUUGGCCACAAGAGUGACCUGCAGCAGGCGCGGCAGGUGUCAACCCAGGAAGCAGAAAAUUUAGCUGCGGUUUUGGGCACGUCUUUCCUGGAGACCUCAGCCAAGACCAACAGUAAUGUGGCUCUGGCCUUCGAGACCCUUGCCCACGACAUCCAGCAGGCCCUCCAGAAUGGGGCGAUCAAAGUGGAUGGAGUCUGGGGGGGAGUCAGGGUCAUUCACAGAGCUCAGCCUCCCCGAAACCAGAGGAGAAAAAAGCCAUCUCGACAAUGCCAGUGUUGACAUCGGCCAAGAUGGACAGAACAGACACAGACAACCAGACCUGAGCUGGGAGGUCCUAUCUCCAGGACCCAGAGAAACUCAACACUGGAAAGAAUCUUGGGUUAUCUAAUGCAGUGCCCUCAUUUUACGGAGGAAAAUAGUAAAGCCCAGAGAGGGCCAGUUACAUGCCCAAGGUCACACAGCUAGUCAGUGCCUGAACCAGAUUAGAAUCUAAAUCCCCUGACUUGGAAGUCUAAUGUUCUCUGCUAUGUUGAGCUGCUUCUCAGGGCACAGAAAUCAUGCCAUCGUUAUUCCUCUGGGAAAAGGCCAGCAGGCCAGGUUGACCUUGGGUCUACACUGAAUUGCUUGGUGGCAGAAGACAGAGAGGUCCUGUUGCCUCUAAGAUAAAUGAUAAUAGCCAACUUCUAUGCAAUGAUUUAAGAUUUAGGGUCAGCUAGGUGGCACCAUGGAUAGAGUGCUGGGCCUUGAGUCAGGAAGACUCAUCUUCCUGA